AUGCACAUAACUUCACAGACCACUGGGGUUGGUGGUCCAGUGGUGAAGGCAUUGUCUUCCCACAGCAGUGAAUCAAGUUCGACUCCUGGGGGGCACAAAAUGUUGGAUUUUCCAAUGCUUCUCUUCAGAGAUCUCGCGCUGUAUUCAGAUCCACCUCUGUUUCCGGGAGAAAGUGGGGUUGAUCAGCUUGUGGAAAUUAUUAAGAUAUUGGGGACACCAACUAGAGAGGAAAUUAGAUGCAUGAAUCCAAAUUACACGGAGUUCAAAUUUCCUCAUAUCAAAGCUCACCCAUGGCACCAAGUUUUUCACAAGCAAAUGCCACCCAAAGCUGUGGAUCUUGUGUCGAGGCUGCUCCAAUAUUCACCAAAUCUACACUGCACUGCUUUGGAGGCAAGUGCACAUCCUUUCUUUGAUGAUUUGAGGGAACCAACAGCAAGCUUGCCAAAUGGUAGACCACUCCCUCUCUUCGAUUUCAUGCCUCAAGUUGAGUACCGUAACUUACAUUUUCUUUUCUGGGGGGUUUUGAUGGUUCUCUUGUUGAUCGUGCCAAAAUUUCUCACAGAGCUGGCUGGGGCAUUGCAUGAAUUGCAUCAACGUCUUAUUCCCGAGCAUGUGAGGAAAUAUAUUUGUGCCAAGAAGCGGUGGUUGUAUCUGCAGGCAAUGUAG